AGAAGGAGAAAGAGAAAGAGAAAGAGAAAGAGAGAAGAUGCCAGGCCAACCUCCCUAAGCCCCAUAGCCCCCUAUAAACCUCAGACAAGACUUGAAAGACUUAAGAGAGAUGCGAGGAAUGUGGAGUGAAGUUUAAGGCUUUUCUUUUUUUUUUUUUUUUUUUUUUUUUUGGUAGAAGUUUAAGGCUUUUCAGUUCCUUCUAAGUUCUUCGAAGAUAAAUGGCUUUCUUCUUCCUCUGUCAUUAUCGUUAUCAAGGCUUCUGAAUCGCAGAGUCGAUCUGGUAUAUUUAGGAGAAACAAUGGAGGAUUUCGAUCUGGAGAAUCCGCUGACGAGCUACCAAGAACAUGAAUCUGAUACGAUUCCAGCACUUUUCGGCGCAGAAUCAGAUCACAUGCCAUCGGAAUACUACUUUGAAGGCAUCAAAACUAGGGAUUUGGAUGUCUCUGUUCGAAGAAAGGCCAUCGCUUUGAUUCUACAGGCGCAAUUUUCCUGUCGCUUCGAUCCGUUCAUACCAUAUCUUGCUGUAAAUUACCUCGAUCGGUUUAUCCCCAAACAAGGAAUGCCGCAUGGGAAGCCAUGGAUCCUGAAGCUUGUUGCUAUUUCUUGCCUCUCUUUGGCGGUGAAGAUGAACAAAACGAACUUCUCACUGACUGAUUUUCAGAGAGAUGGUUUCAUAUUCGACACACAUACUAUUCAGAGAAUGGAGUUCCUGAUUCUCGGAGCUCUGAAAUGGCGAAUGCGCUCAAUAACUCCUUUCUCUUUCGUGCAUUUCUUCCUGUCUUUAUUCAAACUGAAAGAUCCGCCUCUUAGAGAUGCUCUCAAAACUAGAGCCAAAGAAAUCAUCUUCAAAGCUCAAAACGAAAUGAAGAUUCUUGAGUUCAAGCCAUCGAUAAUCGCAGCAUCUGCGCUUCUCUCUGCUUCUCAUGAGCUAUUCCCCAUUCAAUUUCCUUGUUUCAGGAAAGCAAUUUCCUCCUGUGAAUAUGUAAAUGAAGAGAAGCUGUUCGAUUGCUGCAAUGCCAUGCAGGGUAUAGUGAAGGAUGGGUACGAAUCAGUUUUAUCGAGCUCAGAAACGCCAGUCAAUGUCCUUGACAUUCAUUGCUUCAGCUCGGAAAGCGAUAAGACUAUCUCUAUCGCCACAACUACUGUAACUGUAAGGGCAGAGAGGGACCUGAAACGGCGAAAGAUCAGUGACUUCUGCAAUGAGAAAACUUUCCAGCGUUCGCAGAUUCGACAAUACGGAAUGACAUUGCUCUGAUACCAACUACAACUGGGCGGAGAGUACGACAACAUCAAGAAGAAACACAAAAGACCAAAGAGAUAAGUAAAGAAAAAAAAGAAUGGCCCAGACACCAGAGCCCAGAGAGAGAGAGAGAGAGAGGGAGAGAGAGAGAGAGAGAGAUCGACAUCUACUUCUGAUUCAAAUCUAUGUCCCGCGAUAUGGUGCGGGCGACUCCUGCCUCUCCAACGGUCCAACAAUCCAACCCUUCCUCCUAGGGUCCGGAAUUAAACCCAAGAAAAAAAAAAUUGAGUCUUUCAUUCGUUUAUGAUUUCGAUCUUUGGGACAUUGAGAGGGAAAUGUGGGGUCUGUACGAAGAAAGACAAAAGAAAGCUUUGAAUGGGGUGUGGAGAAUGGAGAGUAGUAAGAGUAGGAAUAAAAGGGGGGCCUAUUCGGGUCGGGUAAUCGGGUAUCCGUUCAUUACUUUGUUGGCAGCCUAGCAGAGAAUAAUAAUAAAGUAAUCUAUUAUUCAGAACUUUUAAAAGGAAAAAGAAAAAGAAAUGAAAAUUCCUCUGUA